AUGGAGACUGAAAACAAUGAAACUGCUGAGGCCCGCGUCGUCGACGAGCUCCGCGCCCUAGAAGUCGACGAGAUUGCACGCGCCGAGCGGGAGCGUAAGCGACGCGCCGCCCACAUGAGAUUACCGCCACCGCGUAAGCUGGAGAAGUUGGGCCUCUCGAGCAGCGGCGGUCCGGGGCUCCCCGUGGACGUCUUCAAGAAACUCUUCAACGAAGGAGACAAGGACGCGGUGGUAGCUUGGUUCGACGCCACGGGACCGCGCGACAUAAACGAGACGUUCACGCUCACGGAACCGUAUCUCGCGAAGCGCGUAGGUGCGGAGCCCGUUUCAGGCCACACGCUGCUGGCCCUGGUCGCGCAUUCGCCUGCUUAUUACAGCGGCCACGUGGCACUCGUUCGCUGGCUGCUGGCGUGCGGCGCCGAUCCAACCAUACGAAACGCGGAUGGGUGGUCGCCGCUGGAUUUUGCGUGCACGAGUCACGAAGUCAUGUAUUCGCCAUCGUAUAACUUCACUGCAAACAAGCACGAGAUAAUCAUGCUGCUCAUUGCCGGCGGCGCCGAGGUCAACGCACUUAUCCCUUCCAAAUACUAUCCAGAUGAUCCAACGGCGAAAAGAUAUUCGCCUCUGGGCGAACUCCUGACCCUAAUGGAAGGACGUAAUUCCAGGGACACUCAAUUUCGGGGGCUGGAGUUUGUCUGCCGGGCGUUGCUGCUCGCCGGCGCGUCGUUAGAUAAUUGCACCAAUGAGGAGGACGACCAUUGGAACCUCAAGACGGCAGAGUGGAGAUUAGACAAGGCAGCCUUCGAAACGCGACAACUCGCCGUCUGGCAAAAGUGCAGUAUUUUGGUCCGAGAGGUGAGAGCGGCCGGCGGCGGAUCGUAUGCCUUCGCCCUGUCGAGCUCCGCGCCUUCGUCCAUGAACAGCAGCGCCGCAUACAAGGCGUGCUUCGUGCGGCCGCGAAAGCAGAUCCUCGUUCUCCGGGCGCUGGCGCUCAAGAGACGCGCGAAGACGUCGAACGCCAUCCUCGGAUUCGUGUUUGGUCUGCCAAACGGCGUCGCCUGGAACGUCCUCUCGUUCUGGCAGUGCUACUACAGGAUCAGAACCCCGAACAGUAGCGGCUGCGGCGGUCCCGACGACACCCACUGGCACACCGGCCCGUGGUAG